AUGGAGAAUAUCUCAGAAAAGCCGUCGCGUGAGCAUACUUCCGCUUUUGAUAGCAAAACUUUUGAGCUCGAUGUUCAGAUCAAAGUCCAUGAGACCGUCGGUUCGGCCUCCAUCUCCCCAAGUGGGAGGGAUGUCGUCCUAGCAUCCCGGGAGGGUCUUCAUAUCAUUGACUUAGAUAAUCUCUACUCCACACCUCGGCACUUGGUUCAUCGCUCGCCAUGGGAGGUCGCCGACGUGCAAUGGUCGCCGUUCUCAUCGCGCGACUAUUGGAUCGUGAGCACGUCAAACCAGAAGGCGCUGGUAUGGAACCUCGACAUGCUUACUCGCCAGGCUCCCAUAGAGCACACUUUGCAUGCACACUCGCGAGCAAUUACUGACAUCAACUUUUCUGCGCUGCAUCCGGACUUGUUGGCAACCUGCGCCGUUGACAGCUAUGUCCAUUGUUGGGAUCUGCGUAGGCCUGCGAAGCCCGUUCUAACGUUUGCCGAAUGGAAUGCUGGUGCUACGCAAGUCAAAUGGAAUCGGCAGGAUGCGCAUAUCAUCGCUUCGUCCCAUGACAAGUAUCUCCAUAUUUGGGAUGACCGGAAAGGGACCAUACCGUUACGGACCAUCGAGGCUCAUGCCACCAAGAUCUACGGCAUCGACUGGAACCGCACUCGAGCAAGCGACAUAGUAACCUGCUCGCUGGACCACACGAUCAAGUUUUGGGAUUACGAGAAUGACGCGUCCGAACCGGAACGAGUGAUACAUACCCCGUAUCCCGUAUGGAGGGCACGUCACACCCCAUUUGGCUACGGGUUGCUUGCAAUGCCGCAGAGAGGCAAUUUCGACCUUCAUCUUUUCGACCGCAGGUUGGGCGAUGGGGAGAGUCGCGAGUCGGUCGGCUCCCCAACUACGUCAUUCAAGGGCCACAAUGAUCAAGCUAAAGAGUUUCUGUGGCGGUCUCGCGGUACCGUCGAGGAUGGUAUCGAUAACCGGGAUUUCCAGCUUAUAUCCUGGGGAAUGGACCGACAACUGCUCUUGCAUCGCAUUACCGACGAACAUUUGAAGCCUGUCGGCCAUCAGAAAGGCGAGAAUCUAGAGAGGGGCUUGAAAUUCACGAGACAGGGCGCCGAGUACCGAACCUUUCGUGAUGAACCUACUCAUGCACACGCAACCAACCUUCAGGAUGAAGAAAAUAAGCCGAAAGGACUCGGGGCGCUACUCGCAGCUGCAGGCAUGAGUAGGGCACCAUUGCCAGUGCAUCGAUCUGAAGGCGUUCAUAUGACCCCCUCCGUUGGAAUGCAAGCCAGGCGUACGCCAAAUCGGACGAUCAAUCCCAUCGCGUGGAUGGCCGGAGUCCGGGUAGGACGAGCCGGGCCUCUUCCCGUCAUGGUUCGUGGAUUUACGCCGCGGUCCUCGCGAAUAAAUCAAAAUGACCACCAGAUUGUCUGGGAUACACCGGAAAGCCUCAGCGACGAGAUCACUUACGUGGGCAAAAAAUACAAAAAGGUCACAUUUGAGCUAGCAAAUAUCGGAAAGCGUUCUGCGACGGUCACCCUGAACGGACCGUGGGCAGCCGAUGAGAAGCCUGCCUUCUUGCGAGUGAACCUAUCAUUUCCUGAUAAUUACCCGGCGGAUGCAUGUCCGCAGUACGAUUUUGAGAAGACCGUCUCUGCGAUCUCAGAAGACACCAUGGAACGGCUGAAACGUGAGCUUCGCUCCAUUACCGAGCACUACCAGACAAAAAAAAGGGGCUCAUUAGAGGCAAUCAUAACUUACCUGCUCGGAGAACGAGGCCUCGAAGAUAGCAUUAGCUUCUCCAAUGCCGACGAUGUUGCAGGAUUAGCUGCAGAUGAAUCGAGCUCCAGCGACGAAGAGGAGGGCGUUGGCCCGGCCUUCCAUCAUCCUGAUGGACAGGAUCUCGAAUUGAGUGGCGCGGAAAUAGGCCCCAGCACCGCGAACGUACCUGUCCCAAAAACUUGCGGUGCUCUCUGGACUCCAGAUGGUCGGCUCGUCUGCUUUUUCCCCCCAAAGCCCGAACCGAAGCCAUUGUUUAGUCUCUCGACUCUGCGCGCAGCCAAUCAUUUGCAACGAGGCAAUCGCGUAUUUGAAGGGUUUGGUCGGCUCAAUACCGAAUCCCCAGACCUUCGGGAAAACUCCUCGGUGGUGGACGAUGAAACCUCCGAUUCCGGGGGAAGCAGCGAGAGCUCCUCGACUACGUCAUCCGACAGCGAGCGAGAUAUUGGAAGGCUCCCGUCGCGUUUCAUGCGAUCUGCCGCGUGGAAAGGCGCGAUGCUUAGGUUUCAUAAGACUUCACAGCAGUCAAGUGCCGAACAAGGCAGCAAAGGAGGGGCCGGCAAAUCCAAAGCAAUCAUAUCCAUCCAUGACCUGCAUUCUCUCCUGCCGGCGAAGAAGGCACUUGCUGGAGAGUAUCUCAUGUUUGGAAACGGGCCGCUAGUCUGUGACCAUAAUUCUCGUGUCGCGGCAGUAUACGGCGACGACGAUACGGCCGCCGUUUGGAACCUGGCAAAGCUCAUGCUCUAUAAUGAAAUCCCGCUUGAGAUCAUGGAUCAACAGCAACGAAAAGAACCGAUUGUGGUCCUUGCGCGCCGAUCAUGGGUGCGAGUGAAGAAGAAGGAUAGUGGAAUCGACCUCCAGCUGGACAAGCCCGCCACCGUGGAGAAUCCGGCGCUCCGGGGUCGUGUCAAAUGGGGGAACCAUCCUAUUGCAAGCGUGUGGCUCAUCCCGCAAUUAUUUGAGCACUAUGAGAAGCUUGCCGAUAUCCAGAUGCUUGCCAUGCUAUCAUGCAUCUUUUUCGAGCCCGCCGCAAAAGAGGGGGUUCACACCACCUUGAUCCGGCAACACAAGAAGGAAUUUCCCAUGUCGAUGAAAAGUGCCGCCUUCGGACUAGAUUAUUUCGCAACGCAAGAAGUGGCUUGGAGUUUGUUUCAGCCCAACGUCCUUGUUUCAUCUGGCCUUCGAUCUUCAUUUGCUAAGCCUUGGGACAACGGAGAUGCUAAGCUGGGCGUCUAUGGUUCAGCAGAGUCGUCCAACGGGCCAUGGGGCACAGACAACUUCCACAGUGAGCCACCGACUCCCUUCUCUACUGGCGACACUCCACCGGUCUUAUCACGUUCGAACACUUUCCGAUCUAGCGCUGCUGGCAGCUUCUCCACUUCACCCGAGCAUCAUCUCGCGACCCAGACACGCCGGGUCAAUUCGAAUAUAUCCAAUGCGUUCCAAUCCCUACGUACCCUGGCUAUGAACGUGUCAUCAUCGCCGCCCACUCAAGGGAGACAUCGCAACGACGGAGAUUUGUCGACCUCCGCUCCGACCAGUGGUAUCACAUGGGGAGAGAACAAAGUCUAUGACAGCCCUCGCGCUCAUGCUCCGCGAUCGACGCGCGUCUCCACCUCGGGCAAACGCGAUCCGUACGGAUUCCUACUUGACGACGGAUUUGUAGACUCGUAUUCCGUCGAGGGGGCGGUCCUUGGUCCUGAGCGCAACAGCAGCUCCUUAGGGUCCGACGAACGCUUCUCAACGUCCACGGCUCCCACUAAUAUAACCGAGUCCAUCACCAUCCCGCGGGGAGGGAGCAGUUCCAUCCGAGUUACCAUGAAGAACCAAAAUCGAUUCGAUAACGAGGCGCAUGGAAGCGUACCAUUGCUUGAUCCCGGCUCUGACGAACGAUACAAGGCGUACAGAAUGAUGUAUGCCCACCUUUUGGGCUCCUGGGAACUCUGGGUGGAGCGUGCGGAACUGUUGCAGUUCAACGGGUUAACCUCGUAUUGGGAAGGUGGCAAGAGUGCCUGGGCGAUCGAUCCGGACGGCGUUCACGAGAGGUCCGAGAAAGGACCCAAGGUAGGCUCUGAUAUUUGUCAUUUCCACCACAGCGGUCGAUCUGACUUUGCACAGGGCUCGUUUGAUGCGCGCAGCCAUCACCCAAGCGGCGCUUCGACCCCACACGUUGAUAAAGAGAAGCCGGAAUUUCAGAAAUUCGCCAUCGUGGAGCGAGCGGGAGAAACGGUUUUCGAGCACGCCUCCCCUCCUCGACCUCUCGCUCUGCUAGUUGUGCAGUGCGAGAUUUGCGUUCAAUCGAUUGUUGGGUUGUUCUACCAAUGCGCUGCCUGUGGACGCGGGAUGCAUUGGACUUGUCUAGAGUUGUUUGAUGGCCGGUACAACUGCUUUUGUGGACGGGAGGUUCCUCAUUUUAGCACCUGGAGAACAACAGGCGGGGAGGCGGCUUGA